AUGAUAUUGAGUACAAGCGAGUAGUCGACAUUUUACAUCUGAAGAGACAAGAGACAAAAAACACUCCAGAACAUUGAAAAUAAUUAUUUUUUUUUUUUUUGAUAGACAGAUAAGAUAUCGGGGAUCAAUCAUGUAUAUUGACUUUCUAUAUUACAUGAAGGUCUUGGCAGUUGCGACGAUAACAUUUAUCAUUUAUAGACUGCUGAUUUUGGAGAAUAAAGAAAAGACAAAAGAUCAUUAUACACGGCCGGCAUGGAAUUUCUUCCUCAAAAAGAUGUAUGCUGAGUAUGUUCUCAAUAAAAAUAAAAAGCGGCAGUUAAAGUUCAUUAAAGAACUGAGAAAAUAUGAGAGCGAAACACCAAAGCUUCUUCCAAAUGAGGACAGCACAGACUCACAGAAAAUCUUUGGAACUGAUCAUGAUGGGAAUUCUCUAUUAAUUAAAUUCAUCAGACGCAAGCAUCGAAUUGCUGAAAUUUGGAUGAUUUUACGACUUAAAUGUGAUAAUAAAUUCGAGACAUACACACUGCCUGAUCAUCCACACACAAAAAUUCCAAAUGCACAUCCGAAUAUGUUUGAAGGAUCUGGCUUAAAAAUAGAAUGUCUUGUGCCAUAUUCAAGAUGGAGGAUCACAUAUGCAGGAAUGUUAAGGAAAGGCAUAUCACAGACAUUGUCAGAUGAUGAGAGUGAUUUCCAGUUUGUGAAACUCAAUUUGAUAUGGACAGCAGCAAGCAACCCAUCAUUCUGGCCUUAUGAAUGGAACACGGGAUUAAUCGCAAGUGCUUUAGCAACAGAAAAAUGGCGGGAUGGUAAAUGGAGUAGUUUGAUAAAUCUUAAUGAUGCUGGAGGAUAUGAUCAGUUUGGUGCAUGCCGGGGACAAGUUAGAAUUUAUGAGAAGAACUACGAUGCAUAUAUGGAAGGUCUAUUACCAAAAGCAGAAAUUAAGGAGCUAAAUUUACCAGGAUUAAGGAAGAGACGUUGGGGACCUCAUAAGAAUGAAAAUGUUCAUAGAACAGGAGUUAUAAUAGGCAGCAUGAAGGAUGGAACUGUUCUUGAGGUCGGAGCAUUCAGUUCGAAAAUUGGAGUUACUCACUCACAAUUUGGAAGCGUUCGAAACUGUAAUGGUGAUGUUAUGCCUAUAAAAUGGACAGACUUUCACUUGGCAUCUCUUGGUGAAUAUCAAGACAAACUUCCACAGGCAACGAUCGUUCAAAUCAAAGCUGGAGAUCAUUCAUUCAUUGCUGUAGUCACGUUUAAGAACAAUGAGAAAGUUCCACUAUUUGGUGGAUAUGUAGGAGAAAAAUGGAAUGCCUUUGUUGUACCUGUAGACAUUGUGUGCAAUUGUGUUCGUGGAUAUGGUGUUGCUGUCUUUUGGUACCCAAGAAAUAUUCGUCAUUUUGAAUAUGAAGACAUUCCAACUAAGAUUAAGAGAAUUUUCAACCGUAAUGAUUUGCCAUCGCCUGAAAAACAGAUCCUCUCUUUUGCUGACAAGGAAGCUCAAAGUGUUUUGGUUUCUGGCGGCAAAGGAUGUUCAUUAGCUACACUAAGGAGAAUUCAGGAAUCCAAGGGUGGAGAUCUACUUGAUCCUCGUAGUCGAAGUUUCCAUGUGUUCAACGCAUUAGUCGAUAAUCUUUCAACCCCAGCCCUACGAAGAUCAAUGAGAGCUAAGCAGUUAAUGGAAAGUGAGCAGCCUAGAACAGGAAGACAACGUUCAGGAUCAAUUACAAAAACUAUAUUCCAUGACCCAAAUGAUGUUGACACUCCUGACUUCUUUGUAGCUCAAGGUUUCGUGGUCAGUGUAUCAGCUUUUGAUGAGCAUGUGAAGAAUAAUGUUGAAAUUAGCAAUGCAUUAAAGGAAAUGGAAGACAUUGCUUAUGAAAAAACUGUUGGGAGCUUGGAAGAAGCUUGCAAAAAAGUUCAAAUAGCAUUUACAUCCACAAAAAUUGAUGACAAGUUAAAAGAAGCCAUGAUUCCAAAACUAGAGCAGAUAAAUUAUGACCUUCAAGCUCGAUUUGCUGUUCGAUCUUCAGGCGUGACAGAAGAUGCUGAAGAACUUUCAGCUGCUGGACAAAACCAGACAUUCCUAGGUCUCAAAACGAAUGAGGAAGUUUUUGAAGCUAUUGUCAAGUGUUGGGCAUCACUCUUUUCAUUCCAAAGUACACUAUAUCGUAAGCAAAAUAUUCAACCUGUAAAUUCAUCAAUGGCUGUUGUUGUCCAGAAAAUGGUUGUAGCUGAAAGUGCUGGAGUUUUAUUUUCAAGACAUUUCCUUAGUGGAGAUCCAAGUGUGAUUGUUAUAACAGCUAAUUUCGGACUUGGAGAGUCUGUGGUGUCUGCAAAAUCGGAACCAGACACUUAUUUGAUCAAGCAAAAUUAUAAAGGAGAUGAAUUUAAGUUAUUAGCAGCAAUUCCGGGAGAUAAGAAGUAUAUUAUAGAAAUGGACGAUUCAUCAGCUGUAACUGAAACAGAACUCGAUGAAGAAAAUCGUAAGAAAUUAUGCCUGUCUGAAGAUACGGUUUUGAGAUUAGCUAAGCUUUCAACAAUAUUGGAAAAGUUCUUUGGAUCUCCACGAGAUAUUGAAUUUGCUAUAACAAAAGAUAAGAGGAUAUUUUUGCUGCAAUCACGUGCUAUAACUGCAUUGAAUAACUUUACAGACUAUGAAAUUGCACACGAAACUGAUUCAGCUGUUAUGGGCAGUUAUGACAUAUACACUAGAGCUAACGUUGGGGAAGUAUUGAGCGGUGCUAUAUCUAAACUAUCAAAUUCACUAAUAACAGAAAAGUUUGAACAAAAGAAUUUGGAAAUGCUUGGAGUUCUGUACAGUCCACUUUACAGGAAAAUCUAUGCUACUUUUAAUGAUACAAUCUUCAUGGAAGCAUAUAAUCAAUUUUUAAAGACUAUGGGUAAUGAGCCAUCUGUAAUGAACAAAGCAAUGUCCUUUUCUGUCUUUGGAGGUGAUAUAUUCGAACAGUAUCCAAACUUGAUGGAAAUUAUGGGACAUAGAAAUACAUUUACGAAUAAAUUUAAGGCUGGUAUGGGUCAAAUGAAGUUCAUGGCUUAUUCCAUGUAUACUAUUGAUAAGUACCGUAAAUAUCCAAUUAAAGCGCUAGAAAAGAUGAAGAUAAGACUAUCAGAGCAGAGUCUAUUGAAAUACAAAACCUCUUCGGAAAUUUUAGAUUUAGUAAUUCAGGAGAUUAAGAAUUAUGCAAUCAUCAUUGAUGCACAUAUGUAUGUCUCAAGUUAUAGUGCGAUUUACAACGCAUUCAUUUUCAGUGUCUUAACAAAAGGUUCUAAAGAAUUAACUACUGAGCAUCAACGUGAUGUAACACUUAUCUUAGGCACAAUUGGAAAUGUUGAGUCUGCCAACAUACCCGAGAUGAUCCAACAACUUGCAGAAAGCAUUAAGGCAUCAGGAAAAGAGAAUGAACUGCUUGAAAUCGAUAACCAAUCAUGUCCAGAAUGGUUAGAAACAAAUGAUAUUGAGUCAUACAAUUUAUUCAAAAAGUUUAUGGAACGUCAUGGACAUAGAGCACUAAAAGAGUUUGAUUUGAUAUCCAAAACAUGGGAAAUGGAACCUGAGAAAGUUAUUGAAAUGAUUAAAACAAAUUUAAGGAUAUCACCAAAUACAAGCUCUAACAAUUCAUCCGAGGUAGACAUUGAGGAUAUAAUUGAUAAAUUGAAGACACCAAUAACAAACUUAUCACGUAGACUCUUAAGAUUUAUGAUUGUUCGAUGUCGUAAUGGGGUGCAGUAUAGAGAAACUGCAAAAAGUAUGCUAAUAGAAUGUGUCAAUGAACUACGUCGAGGUGUUAUACAUCUAAGUCAAAAGAUGGUCCACGAAGGACUACUUCCUGAUAAAGAUUUAAUUUAUCAUUUAUCGGUUCAAGAGAUUAAAGCUGUCAUUAAGAAUAAAGAAGUGUCUCUGAUACAGAAGGCAAUUAGACGUCAGAAAAUGAUUGAAGUACAUAAUCAGUUCCUUUUUGAGGAGAUUUGUUUCGGACUGCCGAAACCUAUGUCGGAUAUGAAUGAUCCAGUACAAAUUGAGGAAGGUGAUAUUUUAGUCAAAGGAAUGCCUGUAUGCAGCGGAAGAGUAACAGCUAGAGCCUGUGUGAUCAAGAACUUUUCAGAAAUUCAUAAGCUUCAAAAGGGAGAUAUUUUGAUCACAUUCUGCACGGAUAUCGCAUGGUCCCCGUACUUUAACGUAAUAAGUGGAAUUUGUACCGAGAUUGGUGGUCUCAUCUCACAUGGUGCUGUUGUUGCUCGAGAAUGCAACCUACCAUGCAUAGUUGGUGCUAAAUGGGCUACAGAUAAGAUCAAACAUGGUGAUAAAAUCACAUUGGAUGCUGAUGUCGGUACCAUAAUUAGAGCAACUUGAGUUGUGCAUUUAUUAUAAUCUUAAUAGUUUUUAUAGUCAUGGAAACGGUUUGGUGAUAUUACUUUUAUUCAAUAAAAUAAAGAUUUAUAUAUUGUUAUUAAUGA